AAAUUAACUCUUUAAAAAAAUACAUUAAUAAAAUGUUGUGCGUAGCUUCCGGACAUUCUGCAAAAUGGCAAUGUACUCUCUUCAUUUUGUCUAUGCUAAGAAUAUUGCGCUGUGAUUGGCUCAUAAAAUAAAAUUGAAAAUGGCGCGGCAUUUGUCACAUCCUGUUAUGUGUCGGUGAGUGCAUGGCCUCGACGUUCAUCCCGUUUCAAGAUUUUUAUUCCACAAAGCCGCAGUAAUUUUACAUAUGUAAUAAAAGGCAAUAAAAUUCGUAAUGGUGUUCUGUAAUAGGCCAUGGAUUUGAUGAAAACGAAAAUGUGUGCACGUGGGAGGAAUAUCAGUUCCUAGACUUGUCAGAUGUAAAAGAAGCGGAAUUGAGCAGUUUGCAGUGCGCGCUGUUCAAGAAAACUCCUAAAAUCGCGUCCGCCGGACAAAACGGUUGGACCGAAUCUACUACAGACGUGUCAUCGUGUUCAUCGAGCACGGCAGGCCCACCGACCGUGUCGAGCAGUCUGGACAGCCUGUCGGGCGGCGAGUGCGAGAUGGCGCCCCACUCGCCGCAGCGCGCCGGGCCGCCGCCGCCGUACGCGCAGCCGCCCGCCUACCCGCCGCCGCACCACCAGUGGCCCGUCGCGCCGCCCAACGUGUACGUCAGCCAGGUCACCGCCAACGUCAACGUGCACGGCUACAUGGGCCAGUACUACCAGCCGCAGCCGCAGUACGUGCCGCAGCAGCAGGUCGACCGCCCGCCAAGGAACCACAGGCGCGAUAGACGCAACAAGCGGCCCCCAUCUCCGCCACAGCCGCAACCGCCGUACUAUGUUCAAUAUCCACAGUACUAUCCCGCUGCUCAAGCUCAAGGCGCACCUCUAUACCAUCUGCCGAUGUAUCAGCCGCUCGUGUACGGACCCUACCCGUAUCCACCUUACUAUCCAGAAUACCCGAUCCCAAUAGAGGGCGAAGCUGGAGAGAAGGGUCCAGAUGAAUAUUCACAAGAAGUGGUAAUGGAACAGGAGGCGGUCGAAGCUUAUUACGCGGGGGCACACUACGCUCCGCCAUACGGCCCGCCGGUCGAAGGUGGCGUUGAAUAUAUGCCGUCGAUGUUCAUUCCGCCACCACAUCAUCCCGCCCCGAUGCCGAUGCCGCAACCGCCACAUCAAACCGCCCCACAUCAAUUUAAUGUGCACGCGAAAAAUUUCGUUCAGGGGCAACACAACAAGAACUUUAACAAUGAUAAAAAUCAAGAUCAGAAGAUUCAGCCUGUGAUAUCAACGGCUACCACGUCGGCGGCUGGUCCCGUCGAAUCACUCCCGAUGAAAGAUCUCAAAAUCACAAAAGGACCUGGAAGUCCAAAACAAGACAGGCCUAAUGAUGCAAAUGGUAAACCACUCAAUGCUGGUGAUAAAAUUUCGCCAGCAAGUAAAGUGGACCCGACUAAACCCGCUUGGACACCUGAGAAUAAGAUACAAGAUCUUAAUCAGAUUCAAAAUAUUCCAAAGACUUACCCACCACCACCAGUUGCUAACAUUCAAAACGCUGGUGCUAAACUUCCGCCAGUUGUUAACAAAGCAGCUAAAGGGCCAAAUGCGCCUUUCUCAGUGGGAAAGCAGCCGCCAAAACCGCAACUACCUACUGUUGUUCCAGUACAACAAUCUGUUUCCACUCCUAAAGCUCCAUUCGGAAAUAGACAGAAACGUGAGGGCAUGGUUAACCGUUCACCUUCUAGCGAAAAUACUGAUGGCGAGAAGAAUAUACCUGUUGAGCACGUGAAACGCGAACCGCCCCUACCGCCAAGCAAAGCUCCAAUGCCGAUUUCUAUCACGCUACACGCGCAAGGGCCUCCUUUGAUUGUGACUAAUAAGUCACCCUUCGCGCAUUCACGUAAAGCAAUUUCAGUGCCUGAACCACCGCCAGUACCACAACCUCCUCCCCCGGCUCCUACCGCGUCUGAUUUCCCACCACCGCCCACCCCUCGUAAUAGGGUUGAUACAACACCUGCUCCAGUUGUUCAACAACCACAACCGGCUCCCGGCAAGUCAUGGGCGAGUCUUUUCUCCAAUAAACCCUCGAGCAUAACACCGACGACUCCGCCAGCCCCUGUGCCCGUGGAAGAACCUGUCAGUCCAACAACAGUUACCCCACCAGUGGCUCCUAAUGUGCAAAAGCCAGUUGCAAAAGUACCACCUUUUGACGCAUCGCCACUGCAAAGCGUCGGAGUUGACAAAACUCCCGUUUCCAAACCGCCAACGACAGUAGUGAGUCAACCGACAAUUUCCUACUCAGAGAAAACAUCUGUAAAUACUGCUAGCAGUAUGAGCACUACUCCCACAGCUGCCAAGCCAACAACGACGCAAACGCCUACAGAAGUUCGCGAAGUUCCUAUUCAGAAAGAAGCCGCUCCAACUGUGACUAUCCAGCCGUCGCCUUUCAGUGAUGACCCAAAUUCGUAUAGAAUGGGAGAAUUCCUUGCCAAAUACACAUUGGACAACAGGCCCGUGUCGCUGCUACCGCGUGGUCUCACCAAUCGUUCGAACUAUUGCUACGUGAACGCGAUCCUACAAGCGCUGAUUGCUUGUCCACCUUUCUACAACAUGCUGAAGGCACUUCCUUAUCAAACCCGUCGCGGCAAGUCUAGCACGCCUGUUAUUGAUUCAAUGGUGGAACUAUGCUACGAGUUCAGUCCAUUGGCCGGUCCGAACCGGCGCGCGCGUGGGGACGCGACCAACAGCACAGUGUCCGUACCUGCCGGACCUCCUCUCGAUGGAUCUGCUGGUCUACGGGUGCUGAGGGCAUUGAGACCCUUCCCUGGCUCACAGGAGGGCAGGCAAGAGGACGCUGAAGAGUUUCUGGGAUGUUUGCUCAACUCGCUGAAUGAUGAGAUGCUUGAGCUGAUUAAGUUGGUGGAGCCAGAUGAACCAAAAGAAACGAAUGGCAAACCAAAUGGCGUCGUCACACAAGAGCAGCCUCCUGAAGAGGAUGAUGAUGAUGAUGAAUGGAAGGUGAUGGGCCCGCGCAACCGCGGCGCGGUGGAGCGGCGCUGGUGCGCGCGGCGCACGCCGGUGGCGGACAUAUUCCGCGGCCGCACGCGCCUGCGCCUGCACCGCGCGCCGCACCACGACGUCACCGACGCGGUGCAGCCCUUCUUCACGCUGCAGCUCGACAUUGAGCGAUCCACAACAGUGAAAGAUGCCCUAGAACUGCUAGCAGGCAAGGACACACUGGAAGGAGUGUCAGACGCAUGGCAACAGCUAUCCCUGGAACAACUACCAGUUGUUCUACUGUUACAUCUUAAGUGCUUCCAAUUGGACUCGGAGGGACACACGGCCAAGAUCGUCAAGAACAUUGACUUCCCGAUUGAUCUGAAGAUCGAUCCUAAAAUAAUGUCGUCCAAAUACACAUCAAAGCAGCGUCUAUAUAAACUAUUCGCUGUGGUGUACCACGAGGGAGUGGAGGCUGUCAAGGGGCACUACCUGACUGAUACUUAUCAUGGACAAGCCGGCUGGAUCAGGUACGAUGACUCCACGGUGACCCAAGUGACGGAUGCCCAAGUGCUGAAGCCGAAGCCCCCACGGAUGCCGUACCUGCUGAUGUACAGGAGACAGGAUACGCUGCCAGCUCACAACAGGCCUGCGGGCAAGCCGGAAUAGAAGUGUACUCGUUGGGCAGCCAGUCGCGGUAUUAUGACUCGAAUAGCGCGAGUGGCUGUCCACACGGAACUGUAUAUGGAGAAUAUCCUAUAUUUCACAACUUGGAAAUCCUAAAAAUGAGACCUAAGACUCAGUGAUUUGUGUAUAAAUAACUUAAUGUAAAUAAGUGCUGGAGUACCAUUUUAAUCGCGGUUUAUUUGUAUAUUUCGAUUGCCAAUGAAUUGUAGUUGAGUGCUGUCGAAAAUUAUAUUGUGCCUACAAAACAGCACAACGAAAAUGUAUGUGUAAAAUAGACUAUUUAUGUUUUCAUCCGGUAAAAUUACGAUACUAUAGAAUGGUUAAGUGUGAUUUUUCCGUUUCAAAAUUUCCUGUACAUUGAACAUUUGGAUGCUUGUAAUUAUUACUUAGCUAGUGUGUAUAUAUUUCCGUGUAUAAAGUACAAAAUGGCGACAUUUUGAUUUUUAAACUGUAAAAUUUAUAAUCUAUAUUCGGAUAUGAAAUUUGUGUACAUACUAUUGGGGGGUGUUUGUUGUUUUAAUUUCUAGUUUUUUUUAUUAUUAUUUAUGAGUGCUGUCCUGACUCUGUCGGUUUUUGUAAAUAAAUCAUCUGUGUAUAUUUAUAACUGGAGGUUGCGGCAUGAAUGUUGUGCUAUAAAGUGUAAAAAAAAAAUAUAAAAAAAUUUCGGGUCGAGUGUCGAAAUGGUUAUAAAUUAGAAAGUACAAAGAUGGGAUUACAGGAAAGUGUGUUGAAAGUUGAAACAGUCAAAAUUGUACAUAGUUUGUGAAAAAUUCGUAUGUACAUAACAUACCUGAUGAUACCAGGAUGCAUUUUCAAUGAGAAAUGGAAUUAUUUACUCGAUAUUGUUGAUAGUAGGAGACGGAUAUGGUGCUCUGUUGGAAUUAUACCGCGUUUUCAAUGCAUUAAAUUUACUUUUUUUCUUUGCUUUUCUAAGCAAUAGACUGCUACCUUUUUUGGUUUGAAGCGUCCACGACACGUAAUUAUUAUAAUUACAAAGAAUGUCGGUAUGGUUAGCUGUAAAUGAACUUUAUUUGGUUGCCUUGUCGUAUACAUUUGUAAAAAAUAUCGCCUGUUAAUUUUUUUGCGAAGCAUAUUGCGAUUUGAAAAAGGAAUUAUUAUUUUUUUCUUCAUUUAUGUGUUUGUAAAAGAAUAGUGGCCAGUGUUUUGAAUGUGUUUGAAAUCGUGGUGUAAUACGGUGUUGUAUGGAAUGUGCCUAAACAUGUGAUAUGGACAAGGGUGUGACGCUACAGAUUGUAUAAUAUUGUUGUAAUUGUUGAAAUAUAUGUUAUCCGGCCGUUGGUCUCUCGUGAACGUCUGUUUUUAAUAUUAUUAUUCUAAAUCCACAAUCUAUCGUUUUGUUAUUGAAAUUUUCAUCGCGAAAGUUUUACUACUCUUAAUGUUAGAUGUGCUGAAUUUAAAGUCUAUGAAUAUUUGUGUUGGUACGUGCUAAGCAUCGCCGUUUUUGUAUACAUUUAUAAAAAUCAGCGAUAAAUAGAUUUUUAUUGCUUUUUCGUGUCCACUAUCUCGUCCAAUAAAUAAGUGUGGAUAUAUCGUGAAGUUAAAAUGCGUAAUACGCAAUUAAUUGUGUGAAAAUCGUUUUAAUCGCUGGUCUUUAUUGUGUUCGCAUUAAACACUAAAAUUGUCUGAUCUCACCUAAUGUUGUUACUUCGAUUUGUACGCAAUGUGGAUGUAAAUUAUUCCUUGUGCCCGAGAACGCGCGAAUGUCCUUAAUAUAAGUUUCGAAUCAGCUGAUAUAUGUAGCUUUUAAGUGUUAAAAAAUCAUACAAAAAAUGCACCAUUUGGUUUAUUACCCAAGUGUACUAAAAAAAGCGUAGACUUAUUACUUAGUCAAUUUAAAUGUUAAAAUUGAUAGGGUUUAGUUGUAACUGGGACAUUAUUAACAAUUAACGAUAAGCCUUUGUGUAUAACUCGGUUGUUUUCGGAUUGUGGGUAGCUCAUAGUAAGUAGUGAUACAUUGGCAAUAAUUAUUAUUCACACUAUUGCUAGGUGGUGUUUUCAUACUAACAAAAAUGUUUGUUAUCGAGCCAAAUUUGUAUUUUUAUCGUGACGCCAUGCAAUGGCAUAGAAAAUCGCGACAAUUUGAAAUUGUCCUUCGUCUUUACAUAUAUGCUUGAUUAGUGUAUAUUUACGGGAUUAUCACGAAAUAAGUUGCAACGUAAAGCAUUCACGUGUUUAAUAAUUCGACUUAUAAUAAUUAUUAUAAGAUUUAAUGGACGUUCGUUGUAUUUGCAUUGAUGCAGUUACGUAAAUGAUAAACGUAGAUAUCGAAUUUAUAAGAGCGCAGUGAACACUGACAAUGCACAAAUGUUAAUUUAUUUUCGAUUAUUGCACGGUUUUUUUCUUUUUAAAUAUUCGUGAACACAUGGCUUUACAUAAAACGCGAUAAUAUACUUUGUCUAUGUGUUAAUGUUGUAGGAAAAAAUGUACUUGUUUAUGGGUAACUUUAAGACGUCGAUGAGUACUUAGGGCCUGUUCUAGAAUAUCUUACUAAGAGUAAAGAGUAUAAAUGUAUUUCUAUCUCGUGUCCUUUGAAAUAUAAGAAAGAGACGCGACUAUUUUUAAAUGAACUUACAUUUAAACGGGUCCGAAUGUACUAUGAGACCUACAAUUUCAUUCAUUUUUAGUUUAUCCAUCGAUAUUUUUUAAAUAAAUCGUUAUUUUAUUCGAAUUAUCACGUUUUAUACCAUGCUCCAUCAGCUAUCGAAUAAUUUACGUGUAAGCUUGUGACUGUGUGUUCACUCGUGUGUAAGACUGAGUGUAGGGUCCUGAAUGUUUGUUAUAAUUUUAACGAGCACAUUAUUAUAAUAGUGAUAAGUUCGUAACCACAAUGCUGCCUUAGUUAAGUUUAUUUACGGGAGAUGCUUCAAUCAUUGGCUCGUUUUUUUGUUUAGACGUAGCUGAUCAGGCUUUGAGGCGAUAGUAUGAUAUAUUUUCAUAUUUGAUGGAUUUUUCAAUUGUGUAGUUAGUUUUAUUAACCGACUUUAAAAAAGGAGGAGGUUAUCAAUUCGGCCGGUAUGUUUUUUUUUUAAUGUAUGUACACCGAUUACUCCGAGGUUUCUGAACCGAUUUA